AUGAGUCAUCUUGUUCGACUUGUUAUGGUAGACUGGGAAAGAGGCGCUCAAAGUGCAUGGAAGUUUAACGUCGACAAUACAAUGGUGAAACACGAGGUGUUGCUGAAAGAAAACGAGAGCUACGUUUCCCUCAUGGGGAUGGUGAGAGAGAAAUACAAGCUACAAGAGGUUCUGCGUCCAACUGAGCCGGUGCUACUGACGUAUGAUUUUCCAGAUAUCUCUAGAGAGCCAGGCAAAUACUCACCCCCACCUGUUGAAAUAAAAGAGGCUGGGGAUGUGGAGUUGUUCAUGGCCGUAAGAGUUGAUCAUUUCUGGCUAGAUAUGUAUGUCAUAUUCGGAGAAGAAGAUGUGGACCACUGCAGGAUACAGAGGGACGAGGAAGAUGGGGUGAAUGCCUCGCAACAGCCACUUUGGUGA